AUGUCACUGAUGUCAAUCUGCUGGGUUCCGCGGUCAAAAAAACGGGAAGCCAAGGCCCAAGAGUCACUCCAUGACAUCAUGAGCGAUGCUCAAUUGAGGUGGUUCCAGUCUGGGUUCCAGUCGGCGUGCGGUUCUGUGAUUCGAAGGAGCUGGGAAAAGAAACUGUCGCCAAAGGCAGCUAAAAAUCGAAGAACCUGUGCCAAACGUUACCAUCUCCAGCCGCUACGUACUGGUGACUCCAGCCUUACGCGACUUCUCAGGGGAUUGGGGAACGGGAUGUGCUUUUCUGUGGGCGGCGAAGGAGAUGGAGAAAAUCGGUCUCGAAACGGAAACAAUCGAGCGACAAGAGGGGGGCUCCCUGGAUCCCGCCUUCAGACGCGGGAGAACGCUUCCAUUCACCCCUCCCCUGGGCAGCCUCUAAUGAAUCUGAAAAACCACGGAUUCACUGGUCAGGGGAUUGCCGUUGGGAAAAAGGCAAGGGCGUCCAAUCGCGAAACAGUUUUUCGUCGCUCCGUCCGACGGCUCACGACGACUAGUAUGACCGCCGGUUCCCAGUCGCCCCGGCCUGGCGUCACUACGUUCUCUGCAAACCGUACGGGAUGUUUUCUCCGCCUGUUCAACACCGGGAGAUGUCCCGGGUGGCACUGGGAGACCUCGGCAUCCGUUAUGCUAGACAGUCCAAUGACCAGACAUGUCAACCUCAUACCCGGUGGCAAUGGCCAGCAAGAGAGGGAGGCGCGGGAGGGUGGAAGUACUCUCGAAGAGUGUCACGGAGCUGCAACCAUUCCCUUCGUUGACUUGAUACACAAGCGCAUUCCGAAGACUCCCGCGCCCACACAAAUGGAGGGAUGGCGAAGAGAAAGGAUCGACGCAAGGAUCGACGCAUACCAGAAUAUGGAGGCCCGCGGAUUCUAUGUUCGGGACUUUUCGCCGGUCGGGAGCUCGCGGCCUGAAACAACGAUCGGCCCAUUCGAGAUAAGAAGGAAAGCGUCGGGAGAUGGGUUCGGGAGCACAUGGAACAUUUCGUGGGAGCGUAUGGCAUGA